AUGGUUGAUGCUAGAACAGGGCAUGAAACUAUGUCAUUCAUGGAUGGGUCCUCCAGAUACAAUCAAAUCAGAAUGUCUCCAAAAGAUGAAGAGUGUACUACUUUUCGAACUCCAAAAGGGAUAUACUGCUACAAAGUGAUGCCCUUCGGUCUGAAGAAUGCUGGUGCUACCUACCAACAUGCAAUGCAAAACAUCUUUGACGACAUGCUUCACAAGAGGGUUGAAUGCUUCAUCGAUGAUUUGGUGAUAACAUACACACCUCAAAAGCUAGUGAAAGGACAAGCACUAGCCAAUUUUCUAGUUGAUCACCCUCUUCAGGCAGAAUGGGAGCUUCCGUAUGUGUUUCCAGAUGAAGACAUUUUGUUCAUUGAAGAAUUACCAUCAUGGAAAAUGUUCUUUGAUGGAUAUGCACGUCAUAAUGGUGCGGGGGCAGGUGUUUUGUUGAUCUCUCCAGAAAGACAAGUCUUGCCAUUCUCCUUUGUUUUAGGUGAAACAUGCUCCAACAAUGCUGCAUAG